UUAGCUCAGUCUACAUGGUACAGUCAGCCAGUCUCCUUCCAAUUCGUCUCAUAUUCCUUCCAAGAGAGAGAGAGAGAGAGACAGACAGAGAGGGAUUUGUCAAGAAAGAAGAAGGAAGAUCAUAUGAUUCUUGAAAGUUGAUUUCUUGUCAAAAAGGAAAGAAAUCUGAAACGGGAUUAACAGAGAUGGCUUCAAGUUUUAAUGUAUAUAACUCAACAUCAUUAGCAGUUGCAGAAGCUAUAGAAUCAAGAUCUAGCAGGGCUCGAGCUAGUUUUCAAUGGGGUGGAACCAUCUUUGCUAUAUUCUUGUUGAUCCUGAAUCGAGUAGGACGGAAAUCAUCUGUGCAGACUACCCUUCUUGUAUUCUAUUUGCUCACAAGUUUCCCAACAGUGUUGUUCAAAGUUUUAAGAGGACAAUUUGGUUACUGGAUUGCUUUUCUUGCUAUUGCGGCAAACCUAUUCUUUCCUGAAGCCUUUCCAGUUUCUCGUUUUAUCCUAUUUGUCAUCUCGCCUGACCGGCUGGUAGAUGGAUUGCGCAAUAGCAUUGCUGGUGCUAUCUUCUGUCUCCUGAUUGGAAUUUCAUCUGUCAUAAUGGAGAUUCGAGAAAUUGCAGGAAACAGGAUUCGUGAAUGUAGUUUUCUCUGCUGGGGUUAUUGUCUUGCUAUAUCCUUCGUGUUCUUCUUCACAAUCAAUUAUCUAUGCUUAGGAACUUGGUAGAAAUAACCUCCACCAAGAAAGCGCACCCCCUUUCAUCUCAAAUUAUGCACCCGGGGAAUCAUUUUCUUGACCAGUGCCUUUGCUGACUUGAAACAGCUUAAAUCUCAUGCCUUGAUUAUUCUGUAUAAGAGCUGUACGUGUUUUCUAUGUUUUGAGAACAGAAGAAGUUAAAAUGAGAAGAAAGUGGUUCGUUCACUCUAUCAA